UAUUUUUUUUUUUUAAUUAUUAACAGAAGAACCGCACCGGCUGUCAUCUUGCUCUAGUCAGAUUUGGUCUGGACCAACCCGACACAAAAAUCAAAUCCAAAACACGGGUCAUAGGGGCCAGUAAGGGCCGGGAAAAUCCGAGCCACAUCCUCAAUCACACCAUUCAUUUCGUUUACCUCCUUCUCCCCAACUCCAGAUUAGUAGAGGGUCUUCUUUCUCAACACUUCACGUUCAAGUUCUUCCCAACACUGAAAUUAGGGCUUUAAAAAUGUCAAUCCUUCAAAUUUCACUGUCGAUCCCAACACCACACCCACAUAACCUCUCAUCUAUGGUUUUGUCUGGCCCAAACCCUAUCUUCCUCGUUUCGAAGCUCUCUCGCCUAUCAAUCAACACGUCCAAAACGGCAAGGAUCUAUAUGGGAGGCGGUCCGAGAACAUACCCAGGUGGCGUAUCGAAAUGGCAGUGGAAGCGAAUGCAAGCAAACAAAUCCAAACAACUCCUCAAGGCCAGACUCACCCGCGAGCGACAAAUCUACGAAAUGCGAAAGCGGGCGGAGCUGAGAGCGGCUGUUUCGGAGCUCGAGAAGCCGUGGGAGGUCGUUGAGAAAGCGCCGACGCUAUUUUCCGUCAGAGCUGAUGAACAGUUGAAGGUAUUGGCCGAUAGAUUUCAAAAGCCAGGUGGGUUCGAUUUGUGGUCCGAGAAAGAUGGCCCCCAGUUGUUCGACACCGUCGAUGGGGUGCCCUCGGCGAGGUUUUUCCCUAAAGGGGUUGUUCAUAGCAUCAAACCCUACGGGAAAAUUGCUAAUGAUUUGGAUAACAUGAAGGAAUUGUUGAGUUCGUCUUCAGAACCCGAAAUUGGUAUACAACGAAAUGGGAAAAAGAAUCCGAGAGGAUUGAGAGGUGGUUCACGUAGUGAAAGUGAAGUUGAACCAAACAAUUCGAUGGAACAGUUUCAGGGAAGGAAUGGAAAGGGUAAAUUUAGGAAGAAGAGGAACAGAAGGCGGCCUGGGGUUGAACAUUCUAAUGGCUUGAACGGGUUGGAUUCAGGACAAGUUGGUUUCGAUAUGGAAAAACGAGUGGAUACUCCACCCACGCACAAUGCUGAUAGUCGGUUUAGCAGCGGUCGAGUUUCACGGAAACCCAAAAGCUCCAAUUCAGGAGUAUAUGAUAUGAGUAGGCAACAAGAUGGGAGUUAUGGGUUUCAAGCACAGAACUGAUAAUGUGGCUCAAAAUGUAGCUCUAAGGAUGCUGUUGAAGCUGAGUCAUUUUAGCAUUAGUUUGUCUUGGUAAAUAGAGGUCGAUGAGAGGUGAAGAAUUGGAAGUUGAUCAGGUAAUUACCAUCAAUCUUCCAACAUGUACAUCUGUAUAUUUGCAUAAAAGCUUUAAUUUCUGCUCUGUGAAUUGUAUAUUAAAUCAUAUUGAGCAUGGAUUGUUUUUGUUAAAUGGAAUUUUCAGCUGCAACCAAUGUACCCUCUAUCGUCCGAGAUUUUUAUUUUUAUUUUGACAAGCAAUUGCAUUAUUCUUAUUUUAUGUUGUAUA